AUGAAAGAAAGAGAAAAUCUUCGUCGGUCAGUUCUCCCACCUUCUCCCGUCGCUAAUGUGACUGUCUCUCCUCCUCCAAGGGUUGCUGUCCCUCCUUCUGUGGAUGCAUCUGGGGCAUCUUCAGUCGCCACACCCUCUGAUCAGGUUGUGUCAUCUGAUUCUUACCCAAGUUUGGUUCUGGCCAUUGUUCUGUUGUUGCCUACCGUCUCUAAGUUGGCUCCUCCUCCGUCGAUGUCUCCUCCUGCAGUAGUGACAGAGUCCAUGGCUGGGCUGGUUGAUCCACAAUCUCGUUGUUUUGUCGGUAAGCCUUCUAAUUCCUCUUCUGUUUCUUCACCAAAACGUUUUACUCGAUCAUCUGUCGUGUCAUCAUCUCCACCUCGUGAAUCACCUCCAUUACUAGACACUAACCCACCCACUCCAUCCCCUCCUAAGUCGCCUUGUGUGUCAAAGCACUCAUCACCCAAACGCCCCAAGACACGUUCUGGCAUUGAGUCAAACAGCAAAACCCAAGUCCCUGCUCAGUCAAAAGGAAAAGAAAAAGUGUUUGUUUCAUGA